AUGGCUCCGGGGAAAUCAGAUUUGUGUCAAAAUAGAUCUGACCAUAGCUAUGGUGGCAGUUUGAAACACAAUAUUCUGUAGUGCACAGGUUGGCCACAGCCGCAUAAGAAUAUCCGGCGCAGACACGACGCGGCGAGCAAAUAUUAGUAUUCUGUAAUUUCCGGUGUGGUGCGCGGAAACGCGAAGAACUCGAGACGAUGUAUCGUGGUAACGGAAAUACACUGGUCGCGGCUAUUGUCGGCGAACGAUCGCGCAGUAAUGUGUCGAACUAAUCAAGUACCGCGCGUAAAAAGCAUUUAAAGAAUAAUUUGUUGUAUCGUUUUAUACGCCAUCUUCAAACCUUUACGCGGUUUAACCUUCAAACCUAACCUAAACCUUUACGGUUAGAAUAGCAAAAUUAUUACAAAACUUAAUUUAUUAAUUAAAUAUAUUUAUAUUGUGGUACGAUACAAUGAAAAUGUGGUAGAAUAAAUUCUAAUAAUAUUUUCAUUAGUAUUGAAAAUUUCAAUAAGAGAUAAUCAUCAAAUAUAAUAAGUAAAAAAUGAAUAAUUUGCAAAAUACAUCCAAGUAUCAUCAAAUAUUCAUUAUUUUUCGAUUUCUUUUGCAGAACUCUGUAUUGAGAAGAGGAAAGAACAAUAUUAUUUAUCAGAAAAGUAAUUACCGCUAAUGGUUUAUGCUACAUUAAUUCCUUACGUAGUCAUUUAAAUAGUCUACUGGUUGCAUAUAAAAUGGCCAAUUAAAUCUGCUCUUGAUCCAUAAAAUAGUGGCUCGAAAAAUCGAUUAAGGUUGAAAACGGACGAGAGGAAGUCAUUGAUCUAAAAAUAAGUAGAAAGUAUUACGUGGAAGUUAUAUUAUUUUAUGGAAAUUAUUGGAAAUUAUGCAUAUAAUCUUUUUAUAUAAAUAAUGUAUAUUUAUUCAUAAAUCUGUAUAUUUAUUCAAAUAUAUGAUAUAGAACAGUGAAUAGACUAUGUCUCGAGGAAUUAUAUACAAGGAAGUAUAUCUUUAACAUUAAGAAUAUUUAUUGACUACUACAAUGAUUUUAUAUUCUUUAUAAUCAUCUACGUGCAAUGGAAUACUAUGUUAAAUUCAAACGAAUAUGAAACAAUAAAAUUGGUAUUAAUAAUCAUAAGACUUUAUAGAGCUAUUUCAUUAAUUUAUGAACUUUUUAUUUUUCAGACUCGUUAAUUUCUCCAUUAGAAAUCAAAUAUUUUUUUAA